CGAUGGGCGUCGCUAGACCCAGCUGGGACUCUGCCAGGCUCCAGCACUCAGCCUAAGGAAGGGCCCUCUUCCAGCCCUGCUCUCCCUGCCUGUCAUGGCCACACUCGGCUGCUGCCCGCUUGUCUGGGGACAUAGGGCACCCAGCCCCAGCCCUGAGAGGUUAAGCCAGGCCCUCUGGCUCCAUUCCACAGGGGCACUCUGGGCACCAGGCCCCUUUCAGAGCAAGAGCGACUGAUGCCAUGGGAGAAGCCCCUGCCCACCUGCCCACUCACCUGGCGCUGCCUGCUCUGAGACCCAUGCACUGGGUCCCCCUGGAAGUGCCAACCCUGUGAACCCCACCCCUGUCCCCCGACGCUGAGAAGGCCCUGUCCACCCCCACCAUGUGUGAGGUGAUGCCCACAAUCAACGAGGGGGACCCCCUGGGGCCCCCCCAUGGCGCCGAUGCUGACGCCAACUUUGAGCAGCUGAUGGUGAACAUGCUGGAUGAGCGGGAGAAGUUGCUGGAGUCCCUUCGGGAGAGUCAGGAGACCUUGGCAGCCACACAGAGCCGGCUCCAAGAUGCCCUGCAUGAGCGGGACCAGCUCCAGCGCCACCUUAACUCCGCCCUCCCCCAGGAAUUUGCCACCUUAACCCGGGAGCUGAGCAUGUGUCGGGAGCAACUUCUAGAAAGGGAGGAAGAGAUAUCAGAGCUGAAAGCAGAGCGGAAUAACACAAGGUUGCUUCUGGAACAUCUGGAGUGCCUGGUGUCCCGCCAUGAGCGGUCGCUACGGAUGACUGUGGUCAAGCGCCAGGCCCAGUCACCUUCGGGGGUCUCCAGUGAGGUGGAGGUGCUGAAGGCCCUCAAGUCGCUGUUUGAGCACCACAAGGCCCUGGAUGAGAAGGUGCGGGAGCGGCUCCGAGCGGCCCUGGAGCGAGUUACCACCUUGGAAGAGCAGCUGGCGGGUGCCCACCAGCAGGUAUCUGCCCUGCAGCAGGGGGCAGGGGCGCGGGAUGGAGCGGCAGAAGAGGAGGGGGCCGUGGAGCUGGGACCGAAGCGCCUGCGGAAGGAUGACACGGGCCGGGUAGAGGAGCUGCAGGAGCUCCUGGAGAAGCAGAACUUUGAGUUGAGCCAGGCCCGGGAGCGACUGGUCACCCUGACAGCAACCGUGGCCGAGCUUGAGGAGGACCUGGGCACCGCCCGCCGGGACCUCAUCAAGUCGGAGGAACUGAGCAGCAAGCACCAGCGGGACCUCCGGGAGGCUCUGGCCCAGAAGGAGGACAUGGAGGAGAGAAUCACGACACUAGAGAAGCGCUACCUGGCUGCUCAGCGUGAGGCCACCUCCAUCCAUGACCUCAACGACAAACUGGAGAACGAGCUGGCCAAUAAGGAGUCCCUGCACCGCCAGUGUGAGGAGAAGGCCCGACACCUGCAGGAGCUGCUGGAGGUGGCGGAACAGAAGCUGCAGCAGACCAUGCGCAAGGCCGAGACGCUGCCGGAGGUGGAGGCCGAGCUGGCUCAGAGAAUUGCGGCCCUCACCAAGGCUGAAGAAAGGCAUGGCAACAUUGAGGAACACCUGCGGCAGCUGGAGGGGCAGCUGGAGGAGAAGAACCAGGAGCUGGCAAGGGUGCGCCAGCGGGAGAAGAUGAACGAGGACCACAACAAGCGGCUGUCAGACACCGUCGACCGGCUGCUCAGCGAGUCCAACGAGCGACUGCAGCUGCACCUCAAGGAGCGAAUGGCGGCCCUGGAGGAGAAGAACACGUUGAUCCAGGAGCUGGAGAGCUCCCAGCGGCAGAUCGAGGAGCAGCACCAUCACAAGGGCCGCCUGUCUGAAGAGAUUGAGAAGCUGCGCCAAGAGGUGGACCAGCUGAAGGGUCGAGGGGGGCCGUUUGUGGAUGGCAUCCACUCCAGGUCGCAUAUGGGCAGUGCAGCGGAUGUGCGGUUCUCCCUGAGCACAGCCACCCACGCGCCCUCAGGUCUGCAUCGGCGCUACUCGGCACUGCGGGAGGAGUCUGCCAAGGGCUGGGAGCCCUCUCCACUGCCUGGGGUGCUGGCGCCCACAGCCACCCCUGCCUUUGACAGCGACCCUGAGAUCUCCGACGUGGAUGAGGAUGAGCCAGGGGGUCUGGUGGGCUCCGUGGAUGUUGUCUCUCCCAGCGGCCACUCGGACGCCCAGACCCUGGCCAUGAUGCUCCAGGAGCAGCUGGAUGCCAUCAAUGAGGAGAUCAGGAUGAUCCAGGAGGAGAAGGAGUCCACAGAGCUCCGUGCCGAGGAGAUUGAGACUCGAGUGACCAGUGGCAGCAUGGAGGCCCUAAACCUGACCCAGCUGCGCAAACGCGGUUCUAUCCCCACCUCUCUGACCGCCCUGUCCCUGGCCAGCGCGUCCCCUCCUCUCAGCGGCCGCUCCACACCCAAGCUCACCUCCCGCAGUGCAGCCCAGGACCUGGACCGCAUGGGGGUCAUGACCCUGCCCAGUGACUUAAGAAAGCAUAGGAGGAAGCUGCUGUCGCCAGUGUCUCGGGAAGAGAACCGGGAGGAUAAAGCCACCAUAAAAUGUGAGACUUCUCCUCCUUCCUCACCCAGGACGCUGCGGCUAGAGAAGCUUGGCCACCCAGCCCUGAGCCAGGAAGAAGGCAAAAGUGCUUUGGAGGAUCAGGGCAGCAACCCCAGCAGCAGCAACAGCAGCCAGGACUCCUUGCACAAGGGUGCCAAGCGCAAGGGCAUCAAGUCGUCCAUCGGCCGCCUGUUCGGGAAGAAGGAGAAGGGCCGGCUAAUCCAGCUGAGCCGAGAUGGAGCCACGGGCCAUGUUAUGCUGACAGACUCCGAGCUUGGUCUGCAGGAGCCCAUGGUGCCUGCCAAGCUGGGGACCCAGGCAGAGAAGGACCGGCGGCUGAAGAAGAAACACCAGCUGCUUGAAGAUGCCCGCAGGAAAGGAAUGCCCUUUGCCCAGUGGGAUGGCCCUACUGUGGUCUCCUGGCUGGAGCUCUGGGUGGGGAUGCCUGCUUGGUACGUGGCCGCCUGCCGGGCCAACGUCAAGAGCGGUGCCAUCAUGUCGGCCCUGUCGGACACAGAGAUCCAACGGGAGAUUGGCAUCAGCAAUGCCCUGCACCGGCUCAAGCUCCGGCUGGCCAUCCAGGAGAUGGUGUCGCUGACCAGCCCCUCCGCCCCGCCCACCUCCAGGACUUCUUCCGGAAAUGUCUGGGUCACCCACGAAGAGAUGGAAACUCUGGCAACACCCACUAAAACAACCCUGGCCUAUGGCGACAUGAACCACGAGUGGAUUGGGAAUGAAUGGCUCCCCAGCCUGGGGCUCCCCCAGUACCGCAGCUACUUCAUGGAGUGCCUGGUGGAUGCUCGCAUGCUGGACCACCUCACCAAGAAGGACCUGCGGGUCCACCUGAAGAUGGUGGACAGCUUCCACCGAACCAGUCUUCAGUAUGGCAUCAUGUGUCUGAAGAGGCUGAAUUAUGACCGAAAGGAGCUGGAGAAAAGACGGGAGGAAAGCCAGCAUGAGAUCAAGGAUGUGCUGGUCUGGACCAACGACCAGGUGGUUCACUGGGUCCAGUCCAUUGGGCUCCGGGAUUAUGCAGGAAAUCUGCAGGAGAGCGGUGUGCAUGGUGCCCUGCUGGCCCUGGAUGAGAACUUUGACCACAACACGCUGGCCCUGGUCCUCCAGAUUCCCACACAGAACACCCAGGCUCGCCAGGUGAUGGAAAGAGAGUUCAACAACCUGUUGGCCUUGGGCACAGACCGGAAACUGGAUGAUGGCGAGGACAAGGUGUUCCGGCGCGCGCCGUCCUGGAGGAAGCGCUUCCGGCCGCGGGACCCGCACGGCGGCCUGCUCGGCGCCUCGGCCGAGACGCUCCCGGCCGCCUUCCGCGUGGCCACGCUGGGGCCGCUGCAGCCGCCGCCCGCGCCGCCGAAGAAGAUCACGCCGGAGGCCGGGACGGCGGGGGCGCAGAGACUGGAGCCCUCCACGGUUCGGACCUACUCCUGCUGACCCCCCUCCCGCCCCGGCUCUCGCGGGGGUGUGC